UUCACCUCUUCCUCUUCUCCUCGCCCCCCCCCCCACAUACUCUCUCAAACUCCCUCAUCCUCUUCUCGUAAAUUUGUAUUAUAUCAUAUAAACUAUUCUUAAUACCCCUUUCACUACCAUCACCACCACCACAGUCCUCCACUCUUUUUGCGUUGCUUCAUCACAUGGCCAUCCGACAGCGGCUUUGAGGAACAGCAUCGACCACGCUCGUUUCAUUUUGCUUCAACAACACCUAGUCUUCCAGCCCUUGAAAAUUGGCUCUGACUGAAUGUGCUUUAGCUGUAAUUAAGCUGGAAAUUGUAAUUUUAGUUUUCCAUCUCGCGAUCCGGGCAUGCAGUACGUGCGCAGUAUUAGCGGCUCUGUUUCCAAGACAUGGAACUCCAUCAAUCCAGCUACCCUCAGCGGGGCCAUCGAUGUGAUCGUGAUCGAACAGGAGGAUGGCACCCUCGCCUGUUCCCCGUUUCAUGUUCGAUUCGGUAAAUUUUCGCUACUUCGCCCUUACGAGAAAAAAGUAGAAUUUCGAGUAAAUGGAGUCAAGCAAGAUUAUGCCAUGAAGCUUGGGGAGGGAGGAGAAGCUUUUUUUGUUUUUGAGACUUCGGAAAAUGUCCCCGAGUCUUUACAGACCUCGCCUUUAGUUUCCCCAGUCGCAAGCCCCAAGCGUGAACUAAGUGAUAAUGGCGCCCCUCUCCAAGAACCCGACUAUCUGGACCUUGCCUUUGAUAAACAAAAUAAUGCGGAAGCACAUGACGGGAUCAGCACCCUCCUCCCUUUAAAUAUCCCCGGGACUGAGAGAGCAAAGAGUGAUAUGGGGGUCACGACGCCACUUUCGAGGUCUUCAGAGAAUGGAACUUCUCGUCCGGAGCGCACUGCACCGUGGCUAGCACCGGCCGCAACCCUAGACCGACCUAGAUCCGAGGAUUUGUCCACCGAACCGACUUCGAGGAGCCUUGGGUCACCAGUGGAAUUUGGCGCCAAGAACGCUCUUGCACCCCCUUCGCCUCCGGAUAGUAGGAGUCCUUUGUCAGAACGAUCGCGUAGCCCUCCCAACAUAAGCCCUGAAGAAGCCCUCUCGCGAGCAAUGGCGCUGUCAAGGAAGCUAUCUAUAUCUAACAUUCCGUCACAUGUAACAGAGACUGGUGAUUUAAUGUUGGACAUGACAGGAUAUAAGAGCAGUGACGAGGAUGCCCUGCGCGCUGAAGUGAUCGCCCGAAAAAUCCUUGCAGAGGAGCUCGAAGGCAAUUAUGAUAUCGGAGCAUUGAUUGGUGUUGACGAGCGAGGAAACUUAUGGAUCUAUAGCAGCGAGGAGUCUAAGGAGGCAGCAAACCGCAGAGCGUCUAUGCACCCUUCUAGGACGAUGGACGACGCGGUUUCUGACCCUGGCUACCAUAGCGAGAGUGAACAGAGUGGCAAUGAAACUCAAGCGACUCAGAGACACCAUCGUUCUCAGUCCGUUCUCCAAGGAUAUCCAACCCGACUCCAAACACUUGUCGAUGGGGAGACGGUGGAACCAAGUCGCAAUUACGCCAAGACCCUCAGACUAACAAGUGAACAACUGAAGGCGCUGAAUCUGAAACCCGGCGCCAAUGAAAUGACUUUCAGUGUCAACAAGGCUACAUGUCCUGCGGCGAUGUACUUGUGGAAUUAUAAAGUCCCCAUAGUGAUAUCUGAUAUCGAUGGGACAAUUACAAAGUCUGAUGCCCUUGGGCAUGUGCUUAACAUGAUCGGCCGCGAUUGGACUCAUCUUGGGGUCGCCAAGCUGUACACUGAUAUAGUUAGCAAUGGAUACAACUUGAUGUACCUGACUAGCAGAUCUACUGGCCAAGCGGAUACGACCCGAACAUAUCUCAGCGGCAUUGUCCAGGAAGGCUAUAAACUCCCCAAAGGCCCCGUUAUAAUGAGUCCCGAUAGAACAAUAGCCGCUCUACGGCGUGAGAUAUACCUACGAAAGCCGGAAGUGUUUAAAAUGGCUUGCCUACGCGAUAUCCUGAAUUUGUUCCAGGGACGGAAAAACCCCUUCUACGCCGGUUUCGGAAAUCGACUCACUGACGCUCUCAGUUAUCGAUCAGUGAAUAUCCCUUCGUCGAGGAUAUUUACAAUCAACUCCAACGCGGAAGUUUCACUGGACCUGCUGAGCUUGAAUAAGUAUAAGAGCAGCUACGUGACCAUGCGUGAACUUGUGGACCAUUUCUUCCCACCUGUCAGUAUGCUUGUGCAAGAAGGCGGGGAAGAUUUCACUGAUUUCACCUACUGGCGGGAAGUGCCUAGGGACCUGGAGAAUUUCUCUGCCACGGAUACCAGUGUCAGUGGUGGUGAAGACGAGGAAGUGGAUGAGGGUAGUGAAGAGGGGGACGGUGAAAGUGAAGUGUACGACAUUGAAUAUAUGGGCGUUAGCUACAUCUCGAUGGAUCACCAACAUCCUGGAGAUGGCGGGGAAGAUUUGGCAGAUUCGAUGUUGGAGGGAUUUGCGUCUGAAGAUCAGGCUGAGGCGUCAGAUUUGGAGAAUGAAGAUGGCGGCUCCGACGUUGAAAACAAGGAUCACUUCGAACUGAAUUCGGACGAGGACGAGGACGCUGACGAGGAUGGGGAUCCGGACACGGGAGGGGGAGUUAGGCUUGCUAAUUUAUCAAUUAGUGGUGGGAGACGGCACGCGGAGGUGUUACAUGCAUGAUGGGGUAUGGGUAUCGUCUAUGAAAACAAGGCGGAAAAAGUACUACCAGAUGCACAUUUCCUGAUUUGUUCAGCUAGGAGUUUAUCAUCAUCGUGGAGAAAAUUUUUUUUAUCUAACUGAUGCACCGUGCGCAUUUUGAAUUAGCUGAAUUAGCGGGAGUUUUUUCUUCGAUUUGAUUUUGCUUGUUCGCAUUGCUUUUUUGCCAUGUAUUUCCGCAGUCUUGAGCUUUUUAUACCAGCAUGUACACAGUACCAACCUUCUAGAUACAGGCCCAAAUUUGGCGCUCCGAAAAGACCAGAGCAUUCUCUGCUAAAGCAAGCUGCUGCUGACUGACUCUUCUUGUCCAGUGUUUGGUAUCUCUUUUGGCGAUUUAAAUAGUUUGUUAAGGCAGCUCCUGAUGACACUAGCCUAAUGUAGUUAGGCUAGUUAUAAUUCGUGCUUACUUAAUCCAUUCUCA